CCGCGGGUGCGCAACCAAUCCCGAGGAAAGGAAGCAAAUAGCACGUGUGGGUGUGCCCAGGCAAAGCCUGCUGGAGAAAGAGGGAGGGGGUAAGAGCGAAGAAAAGGGAAAGGGGAGGAAGAGGGAGAGGCAAGGAAGAGUUGAAAUCCAGGGGAGAAGAGCACACCCUUCGAUCCUGCCCCAUAGCGUAUCCGUGUCUCCAUUCAUUGGACCUAUGUCCUGCCGUUCGGUCUCGCAAGGAGCGACUUAAGAAUAAGCCGGAGUGAAUCCUGCAUACCAGAGUCUUGUGCAAAAGAUGAGGCUAAGUGAAGGGCGGACCCGUUCCUUCCAAGCUCCCGCCACCAUCCGGAAAUUCGCCAGCAGCCAAGUUUACUUGUUCAGAAGUGGGCAGUCCGAUUCGGAUGACUCGGAGGAGGAACUCGACGUCAUGGAAUUGCGAGCAAGAGGGAAGGAGCAACAGAGGUGCACCGCCAGCCAGGAGAAAGUCGGGGACGUAGUGGUGCUGGAACGAGAAGUUGCAGAGCAUGACAGCCUGAACAAGCUGGCGCUGCAGUAUGGAUGCAAAGUUGCAGAUAUCAAACGAGUCAACAACUUUAUGCGGGAGCAGGACCUGUACGCUCUGAAGUCGAUCAAGAUUCCAGUCAAGGUCAACAGCAUCUUAAUGGAGACUAACAAAGAGCUAUUAGCGCCUUCCCACGCCCCUGCUCCGUUACUCACGGAGUGGUCUGAAGGCGAAAACAGAAGCAACAGCUCUUCAGACCACAAGCAAAUCGAUCAGUAUUUUAGAGGGAUUGACCAGAACAUCGAACAAGCCGUGCAAGUGGAGGUCUCUUUGAAGACGGACUAUGCCGUUGAAACGCCAAACCGGUUACCGCCGGGGCGGAAGGACCCCAGGGGUGGAGCAGACUGGGGGAUCCAGUGGUGGAAUGCAGUCGUCGUCAUGCUACUGGUGGGCAUAGUUUUGCCAGUGUUCUACAUUGUCUAUUUUAAGACCCAAGACCUGGGAGUGGCUCCUGGUAACACCACUUUUUUGGCCAAUGACUCGUCGCUGCAGACAUCCGCAACAGGAGCACGCCUACCCACGGCGGCCACAGAAAACACACCCACUACCCAUUCCCCCAGAACUCAAGCUUGGAUCCCGUCAGGGGGAUGAAUCCACAUGUCCAAAAAAAGCCAAUGCAGAGGAGGCAUUUUGCUGUUGACGUGAUGUUUUAGAUCCACACCCACCAGCUCAGCUACUUCCAAAUUGCUGGAAGUGGACUUGGAAAGGAAGCCAAGCGGGAAAUGGAACGUGCAAGGCCAAACCAGCUGUGUUUUUUACAGGAUUGGGGCAGAGUCGCAUUUAGACGGGAAGGUGGUAGAGGCAGGUUCAGUUUUUAACACAAGAGACGUGCAGACAAGCAGAGCAGAAUCUCCCUUUCUCCACACUGCUCAGUAGACCUUGGAUACUAUAGGUUGAGCUGGGAGAAAAACACUUGUGGAGAGCAGGUUCUGCACUCCUCACUCUGUGCCUGGCUCAUUAUUAAAGGGGGCCAGCCCCUCUUUCUGGGUUAUUGGGGCAGAUGGGUGUUCAAACAGAUAGCUGCUAUGAUUGCAUCAGAGGGUGAUUCUGGUUUCCCUUCUCAGGAUUCUCUGGAAAUUGACGUAGCCCAAGCUCUGAACUGCCAACUAAUUAAAAGCCAUUUUGCCUGA